GUACAGCAGACUGCUGCUUACUUCAAAAUAGCGCCAGCGCCUGGUUUUUCUUCUCCCCUUUCUUCCACUCCCAUACUCCGUCAUUGUAUGUACUCUCUGGCGGCUGCCCACACCUACAAGCAAACCGAGAGAUGUCCGAGCCUGCGACAGUCGACAGCACUCACACACCCCAAGAUUAUUAUUCCAGUUUUACUCAAAGGCCGGAGCUUGGACACAAGUUCCGCGACAUCGAUGAUUCCGCCAACCUGAAGCAGUACCGAGCUGUCCUACAAGAUCCGCAGACGAGGAACUUUGUCCUCGACUUUGGCAAUGAAGAUGCGUGGUGUGCAGUAAACUUGGACCAGGAAGACAUCGCGCUGCUCUUACACAAGCCAAAGCCGAAAUGCUUCGGGACCCGGUGGAUCAACAUAUGGGCUCCCGAGCAGCAGAAGGAUCUGAUCAAGACCAUCACUAGUCACUAUGGUGUGUCCGAACGGCUACAGGGCAUGAUGUGCACAGACCCGGUCGAGCGUCCAUCAAAGCCUCCAGCUCCUGCUGAGCCUCCAAGGAUUAGCUUCCAUGCAAGACAGCUCGAUAGACUACAUUCGCCCCGCUUGGACGACCUCGAAGAAGGCAACGCUCUGAGGAGUCUGACAGAUCCCGAGGAAAUUAGCGCACUGGCAUCUUUCAGGGGGCUCACCUUCGCCCAUGUUAUCGAUCAGAUCUGGCACUUUUGCUCUGUGGAUUAUGGACCAAGAUAUACCUGCGUUGGGUAUAACUCGAUCUACGUGAUCCCAGGUUUCGAAAUGGACAACGGGAAAGACCUACCCAAUGGCAGGCGGUUGUGGUCCUGGUUGAUUUUGUGUGAUGAUGGAACUGUCAUAUAUAUGCAAGAGAACCCGUUUCCUGGCUUAUCUGGUCCAUCGGAGAAAGAAAUCAAGGCUGUUCUCGGCGUGGUGCGGCGGAACAUGCAGCUUAUCUUCGCCGGGGUAUCCAAGUAUCAUCCCACUUCUUCAGAAAGCGACUCCCUGGUGACUAUCCGGGUACGACCAUCCCCGGAGGCGGGUCCCGAACAGACGAGCAUUAGGCAAGAGGAUGGCCCGAGUCUACUUUUUUACUAUAUCUUCGAUGACUGGGUGGCAUCUUAUGCUCUUGUUGCGAAGCGUGAGCAUAAAUACGGUGUGGCUUUGGAUCGGUUGAGGAGAGAUAUGCUGGCUAAGCCGGUCGUAGACUUGAUAGACGAGUUACACUGGCUGGGAAGGCGACUGGCGGUCCUCAAGCGUCUCUACCAGAGCUACGAGCUCAUCAUGAUGCGCAUUCUGCAACGACAGCGGUCGCUCCAGGACAAAGCACGCCACAACCGCCCUCAGUUGGCGCUCGGACAGACAUUCGAUGACGACGACUCCGUCGAUGCUCAACAGCAAUCUAUGCAAAGCAGCUUCAGUCUCGCGAGUGCCCCGGCCGAUUCAGUCGGCGUAUACCUAAGCUCCACGGCCGUGGCUCGAUUCGAGAGGUUGAUCGACCGCAUCAAGCUGUAUUGCCUUUCUGAAAUUGACACUUGCUUGACGGAGAAAGAGAAUCUGACCUUCUUGAACUUCAACUUGAUCGCGCUUAAAGAUUCACAAGCUGUGGAAAAACUAACCCGGAUCACUAUCUUGUUGGCGAAGGUGACGAUCCUCUUUCUACCGGUCAGUCUGAUGACGGGGUACUUUUCGACAGAGCUUCAGAAUGUCAAAGGAACGUACACGAUCACGCAGUACUGGGCCAGCUUCGGCGUGAUCAUGUUCUUGUCCUUCGUGUCGCUGGUUUUCUUCGGUUAUGUGAGUGACACGGUGGAGGGUAAACCGAUCUACGAGUCGUUGUUCCAGAAGUUCUUCCGGUUGUCUCGGAGCAAGAUUUCGCACAGUCGCAGGGAUGCACCG